AUGCGAAAGUUGGAAUGGGACGACAUGGGAGUAAACGUUGAUGGUCGGCAGCUACACCAUUUGUGCUUUGCUGAUGACAUCGUUCCGAUAUCACCUAGCAUCAGCCAAGAGGAACGAAUGCUGACCGAAUUCGACGAAACAUGUGGAUGCAUCAGUCUUCAGCUGAAUCUACAAAAGAUGUUGUUCAUGCGGAACGGAUGGAUCUCGGAUGCCCCAUUCACGCUCAACGGAACGAACAUAUCCGAAUGCACCAGCUACGUUUAUCUGGGUCGGGAACUGAACAUGAUGAACGACCUGACCCUCGAGCUGGGCAGGAGGAGACGAGCAGCUUGGGGAGCGUACAAGAGCAUCGAGGAUGUAGUGAAGAAGACCAGGAACACCCGGCUCCGUGCUCACCUCUUCAACACCACCGUACUUCCUGCUUUGACCUAUGCUUCGGAAACCUGGGCAUUUCGCAAGCAGGAAGAAGAAGUGGUGAGCGUCAUUGAACGUGCAAUUGAGAGAGUGACGCAAGGAGUAUCCCGUUUCACGCAAGUGAGGGACGGGAUUCGAAGUUCUCUCCUACGUCAGCGAUCGAAGAUUAGAGACGCCGCCGCGUUUGCCAAGGAAAGUAAAAUAAGGUGGGCUGGACACGUAAUGCGCUUUAACGACAACUGUUGGACCAGAGUCGUGAGCGACUGGCUCCCCUGCGAUAUUAAGCGCACUACAGGAAGACCGCCGACCCGAUGGUCAGAUUUCUUCACGAAGUCCUUCAAAGAAAAAUGUGAUGCUCUUUGUGUCCCACGCGAAGGGAGGAAGCACUGGGCUACUCUGGCACGCGAUCGGGACAAAUGGAAGAAUUACUGGCGCCCGCUCGACCAGUUCGAAGAUCAACGGGAAUCAAGCUGA